AUGAAUCGUAUGGUUGAAUUAGAAAACAAACGACGGGAAGUAUACGACCUGCGAAUCCACUACUCAUUGCAGCGGCACAAAGUUAGCGCCUCACUGAAAGACCUGAUUGAUUAUUGUCAGCAAAACACCGCUUCUGAUCCGCUUAUCAAUCGUGUAAAAGACAAUCCAUUUGUGGAAAAGAAAUGGCUGUGCGAGCUGAUCUAA